UGUAAGUGAAGUGAUAAUUGAAUAAAACAAGACUUCCACGUAACUUAUCUAUUAUAUUUUCAUAUAUAAUUAUUUACCCAAUUUUAUAGUACUUCUACUUUUACUGACUUAUGACGAAUUGUAAAGAUUUUUUGAAAAUGGCUUUUUCUUGUAAUCGAUACAGAUUAAUUGUUGUAAUAUUGUUAUCGUUAAUAAUGUGGCAGCUAUUUAGUAUGUUUCCUGGAAAUUCUAAGCAAGAUGAAAAAUUGUCUCAGCCUGGAAUAGUGGAACUGGAAGAUGACAAGUUUAACAUACAUAAACAAGACAAGGUGAAAGUGCGGGUCUACUAUGAAGCACUGUGUCCGGACUCAAGGCAUUUCUUCAUGAAACACCUCUGGCCUGUCACAGAAAAGCUGUCAGAGUUCCUAGAUAUAGCUCUAAUUCCUUAUGGAAAAGCAACUACCAAAGAAAAAGACGGAAAGUAUUAUUUCGACUGCCAACACGGCGAGACUGAGUGCUACGCGAACAAGAUCCACGCUUGUUCUAUCGAGGCUAUAGGAAACGUGACCAUAGCAGUGAAGUUUACAGAGUGCAUGAUCCUGGACAAUAAUGACCCGGAUGAUGCUCUCUCCAGGUGUGCCAAAGAGAUGAACAUUGACCUGGACCCCAUCAGCACCUGUUCAUCCAGUGACCACGGAUCAAACCUACUGAAAAAAUACGGAGACGACACCCAAAUCAUCAAUCCAUACUUCAUUCCUACCAUAACCCUCAACGGGUCGCUGCCAAAGAAGACUUUGCCCGCGAUUCUCAAAAAUUUCCUACUUGAGGUAUGUAAAAGGAUUGCCAUGCCGCUGCCGCCCCCUUGCUUGUGACAACCCCGACGAAGAAGAGUGAGGCAUCAGAUGCUCAAAGUUAAAAACGUAAAUGUGAAGCCAAAAUGUAAUUUGAUUGGACAGUGCGACGUUUUCAGGACAUCGUCAAUAUUUAUGACGUUAAGCAAAAUAACAUCUUCCCGGUUGCGAUGUGCAACUAUAUUUUGACGAUUAGGGUAAAUUACCGGAUGGUUGGAAUUGAAAAGUACUAACCAAGAGCAAUUAUUCUUAUAGAAACUGCUUAAUAUAAUGUUGAUCACCAACCUUUGGGUGCUGACGGCUAGUUUAUUGCCAAUUGAGUAAGUAGUAUUUUGAAGGCUCAAGUAGGCUACUUAUACAUAAAAGUUAUUUAUUCCGAAACAAUUCCCGUCUCAAAAGUGUAUUGUCCAUUUUUUUAUUUGAUAGCUUAAAAUAUUUAAGGAGUAUUGAAUUAAACAUAAAUAUGUACAGUUGUACUUAAAUACGAGCACUAUUGUGUUCUAAGAGCUCAAAUGAAACAAGAUGUUUUACGAUUAGUUUUGCUUUAUUUUUAAAUUAAAGGAAAAAUGGAAAAAUUCACACCUCCGGCGACCUUUGGCCUUGUAUAAUAUGUAAUAUCGCUCGCAGACGUUUCUACAUGAUAAAAAACAAAUUUAGUUUUGCUUUGUUGUAGAAGAGUACAUUCACGAGUAAAUAAGUACAUAAUGAAGAAUUUCGACCUUCAUACGUUUAUAUGUUCCUCCGUUAUUGAGUAUAUGUGUUAAUAACCCUUCCCCUGGCUCCUAUUUAUUUUUAUACUUGUGCCUAGUCCUAAUAGGUACCUAACCAUAGGUAUAAAAAAAUAUAAACUAAUAUCUACCGUUAGACUUGCUUAUGUUACAUAAACAUAUUUACUAUAAUGGUAUUGUAAGUCUUUAUUAGUUACUCAUCUCACUCAUCUGUUAUCAUAACAAUGGAAAUAAUUAUUUUCGCUAGAUGGAGCUACGAGUACAUACGUGCAUAUUUUUUAAUGCAUUAAAGUUGGAGCGUAGGUAUCAAUAUCAUUGUGUGGUUACUUUCAUAUACCUACUUAUCGAAAAAGAAACAGAUUUACCUAAUAAGGCUAUUGAAGUAUUAAUUAUAUAUAACUUGAAGACUUUAGAUUAAUAAGUUGUAGUAAUUGUUAUAAGUUUCCUAUAAUAGGUACAGUACCUAUGUACACUUACUAAUAGGAAUAAAACGUUUUUUUAAAUAAGUAUACUAGAAACGUAAAUAGGCAGGUAACAAAUUUAUAUAGGAAUCAGAACCUUCUAGUGUAUUAUGCCUGUCGCUUCGUAAGCUUAUUAUGCUGUAUGUUAAACGUAUACAAGUAUGUAUAUUAUUUCAAUUGGGGUAAUUUCGAAACACAGAACUGUAAUGUAAUUUCGAAAAGGGAAUCUUGAUUAUGAUGGAAAGAAAGGUGAUUGUUAUGUGACUUUCGAAAUUACCCCAAUGCACCCUAAUGUAUUUAUUACUACUUAAGUCGUUCAAAUUCCUCUCGACUUUAUAACCUGCGGGCCGAUUUUUGAGUCUCACGCGUUCGAAUUCAGAAAAUUGUCACUGAAAAUAAUAAGCAAGUCACCAUUUUCAACCGGUAUUUUAGUGACAAAAUCCCGUAUGCGAGAUUCAAAAAUCGCCCCCCUGUUCAUUAUUUAGUGCUUUUGUAGAGGCUUUUUAUGCAUUUAUUAACUAAGAGGCAGCAUAUAAUUACCUAUGUAAAAGUUUGCGCGUUACAAAGGAAUUUUCUAUGACUAUAUUUCUUUAAUAUCUUUUUUUUGUGGCCAAGAGUAAGCCCAUUUAUAAUUAAAAAAAAAAAAAAACUAAGUACAUGUGCCGGUACAUGCAUAUUUUAGUAAAACUUAAGUAGCUAUUUUGCAGUGUCGCCUGUAAUGUAAUGUGAGUGUGCACGGGAAAACGUCCCACUUUGUCGAUUGCUAUAAAGCCGCUUUGUCAGCUUAUUCAUAUAAAGAUACAAGUAAAUCUCGCCUUAAUGGUAACCGACAAAGUGGGACGUUUUACCAAACACACUCACUAAUGUAUACGAGUAGGUACUUAUUUUAUGAUUUUGCUCAAGUUGCUCUCUGUACUAACAGCCACUGUAGUGAAUUUCAAAGAAAACAGUGUUUCAAAAGAAAAGCUAAUUAUUAUUUUUUAAAUUACAAACGUAAUAUUAUUAUGAAAACAUUAGCUGCAAAUUAUGCGCAGAGUUAGCUUGGACAGAGUCCAUUACUAGCAACAAUCCAAACUUGGUUGUAUUAUCGCCUAUAUACUGUUGUAUUAGAUUAAGUAGUUAGGAAUUAUUAUAUUGUUAUGACUAUUUUUAUUUUGCAAUAUUAAAUUUACUUUUAGAUUUUAAUUAUGGUUGUGUUAUAUCCAAGUCGUCAUUAAUAGUGGUUGUAUAAUUACUAUUAAUUUAAUUUGGAACAAUUGUAACUAGUGAGAUUAAUUAAAAAGCUUGCCCAUUAAUUUGCAUAAUCAUAAUCAUGUAUGAUUGGCGUGUAAUCAACACGUGAAUAAUUAAAAUCAUGUAUAUUGCCGAGGAAACAGUAUAUGUACCUACCUACUUGUCCGGACCAAAGUCAUUAAUGUUAUGCAGUGUUUUUCUAAUAGGUUUUCUAACUGUAAUCACGUUUUUCAUUUCGUUUUUAGGGGUUCUUAACCGACCCUAAAUAAGACAAAUAUGUAUUCGUAUUAUUCUAUGGUAUAACUUCGUACCUAAAAUCGCCGUCAAUAGAAAUUGUCAACAACGUAAACAAACCAUUCUAUAAAACAUUCUAGAACAAUUUUAUUAUUUUUAAGGUUGAGGAUCAUAAUGUGAUGUGUAGAAUGGAAAAUAAAGACAUUUUUUAUUUAUUAUUUAUUGUUCAGAACACAUACAGUCAUAUAUCAAAUAACAUAGGUAGCAAACAUGUAUAAGGGAUAAAAGACCUGGAGGUUCAUAAAUGUUUUAAAAAGUAGGGUAUACAUCAAAAACAUGCAAAUGCGUCUUAGCGAGGAGAAAAACAUAUGAUAAAUAUGAUAUUUUGACUACAAGGUUUGUUUACAUUGUUCACAAAUUCUAUUGACGGCGACUUUACCUACUACCGACGGCAACACAGGCCCGCUCGUUGAAAAAAUCUAAGUCGGUUAAAAGGUUAACACGUAUACACGUAUACACGUAUUGAAUAUUCGUUUUAGGCCCCCAGGCUUUCACGUCAUUUAUAAUAGGAUAUUAUUAAAAAAAUAUUAAAA